AUGCAGGGCGCCGUGGAGCUCCGUUCGGCCCUCCAAGCCCUGUACUGUUCCACCGACAGCGAGGAGCGCCACGCCGCCGACCUGUGGCUGCGCGGCUUCAGCGCCCAGGACGGCGCGUGGCAGCUGCUGGCCGAGCUGCUGGCUGACCCUGCCGGCGCCCAGCACGUAUCUGCACGCUUCUUCGCGGCAACCUCCUUGCGGCACUGCUGCCAGCGGCAGCCGGGCGUGGUGCAACCCGCAGCCCUGGCCUCGCUGGCGCCACUGUUGGUGCAGCAGCUGGCGGCCGCCGCCGCCGCGGGCUGCUGGCACACCCGCAAUCAGCUGGCGGCAGCGCUGGCCACGGUGGCGGUGCGGGCGCCCGCCUGGCCGGAGGCCGAAGUGCUGCCGCAGCUGAUGGCGCUGGCCCAGGGAGCGCUGCAGGGCAGCGGCAGCGGCGGCGGUGAGUGGCAGCAGCUGGCGCUGCUGCGCCUGCUGUCGGCGCUCGCGGAGGCGGCUUGCAGCAAAGACGUCGGCAUGCACCCGCAGCGCAGGGCGGCGCUGACGGCCGCCCUGGCUGCCGCCUCGCAGCCAUUGGAUACUGUGAAGCAGGCACUGGCACCUGGCAGCACGCCCGCUGUCCAGGUUGCUGCCUUGCAGCUGCUGCAAGCUUGGUGCGCCCUGGGUCAGCCCCCCGCCGGGGCAGAGGACAGCACGGCCCUGUGGCAGCAGCUGCACGCAGCGGCGCUCCACCCGGAGAUGGGCGGCCCAGCAGCAGAGGCGCUGGCUGCCCUGUAUGCCGCCUGCCAGGCAGGCUACAGCGGCGCCGCGAGCGACAGCCCACAGCUGGCCCGGCGCCGGCACCAGCUGCUCGGCGUGCUGCUCAGCCUGCUGCCAGGCUGGGCGGCGGAGCUGCAGCAGGCGCUGGCGCAGGCCCAGCAGCCGCACCAGCAGGCGCGCCUGCUCUUUGCCGCGCUGACGGUCCUGGGUGCAGCGGCCAGGGCUGCGGACAGCCAGGCCGGCACGUUGCCCGCCCCGGCAGCGGCAGCGGCAGCCGAGGCUGUGCACCUGGCGGCAGAGGUGGCCCUGGCAUCCCUGCAGCACCCUCAGCUGGAGGUCACUUUGGCGGCUCUGCAGCUGUGGGACGAGCAGCUGGAGAGGUGGAAAGGGAGCGGCGCCGCUGCCUCUGGAGCAGCCCACAGCGGGGCAGCCGCAGGCGCCUGCACCCUGCAGCAGCGCUCGGCGCUGCUGGCUCAGCUCUGCGGCGCCCUGCUGCAGCGCAUGGCGCUGCCUGCGGACCUGCCUGCCGCGGUGUGCACCGCAGAUGCCCGCGACCUGCCUGACGGUGUGCAGAAGCUGCAGGUGCGGCGUGAGGUUGGCGACACGUUUCGAGCGGCGGCAGACUGCCUGGGCCCGCGUCAGACGCGGCAGCAGCUGCUGCAGCUGGCGGGCGAGGCGGCGGUGGCGGGCGCCCCGCUGCAGCAGGAGUGCUGCCUCUACGCUGCGAACCUCAUCUGGGGCAGGCAGCGCAGCCCGGAGGCGCACGAGGCGGCAGAGGAGGUGCGGCAGGCUGCCGCGGCGGUGGCAGCAGCGCUGCGCCCCGCCACGCCCAAGCUGGCUGGCACGGCGCUCACUCUGCUGGGCGGCAUGGCGGAGCAGCUGCCGGCCUUGGUGCAGCGGGAGGCGGUGGUGAAGGGGCCGAAUGGGAGGCAGCAGGGCAGCGGGCUGCUGGCUCGCUUGCUGGAGGUGCUGCUCCAGCUGGUGCAGCUUCCCAGCGACGAGAAGCUGAGCCGCAAUGCCGCCACUUGCUGCUACCGCCUGACCGGCAGCCGCCAGCUGGCGGCGGCGCUGGCGGCGCAGCACCCCGGCUGGGGCGAGGCGCUGUGCGGCUGCUUUGCGGCUGCGGGGGGCAUGCACCAGCGGCCGCAAGAAGGCGAAGACCUGUCCACGGCUCAGUUCCUUCUGGUGACCAUCUGCCGCCUGUCGGCAGCAGCGGCAGGCGAGGCAGGGGGUGCGCCGCACUCGCAGCAGUGCGCCGCGCUGCUGAGGCAGCUGCUGGGCCAGAUGGCUGCGGCAGCGGAUGCGGCGCUCGACGCGGCGGCUGCGGCGCCACCUGGCGGCGCGCAGCACCAGCGCCAGCUGGAGCAGGCGGCGCUGCAGGUGGAGUCGAUUGCGGUGGCGAUAGAGGCGGUAGCUAACUCUUGCAGUAGUGCCGCUCAGGGGGACCGAGGCGGGGCCGCGGGGCUGCAGUAUCUGCCUGUCCUUCUGACCAGCAUUGAGAGAGUGCUGAGGAGGGUGGCAGCAGCGGGCUGCGCGGCUCAGCAGGUGCCCGACCCCGGCAGGGGCCAGCCGCGGCAGCCGCAGCAGCACCUGCUGCACCAUCUGGCAGCGGCCGUGGCGCCCACGCCCGCUGCCGGCACGGGGCUGGACCUCUUGCACCCGCUUGUCGCCGCCCCGCAGCACCCCUGCGUCUUGCAGACGCUUGCCCAGCUUGCAUCCAGCCGCCUGGGCGGCGGCAGCAGUAGCAGUGGCAGCGGGCCCUCGCAGCAGCUGCAGGCGGCGGCGCGCUCCAGCCUCCAGGCGGCAGCGGUUGAGCACGGCAGCGACCCCGACUGGCAGCCCGCCAUCUUGGCGCUGGGAGAGAGCUGCGUGCGCUGGCUGCCAGCCGUGGCGGCGGAUGGCGCCACGCUGGACGCGCUGCUGUGCACGGCGCAGCACAGCAUGCGCUCCUUCCAUCGGGAGGCUUGCGAGCGGGCGGUCCAGUUUGCUGAGGCCCUGUGCUGCGUGGGCUGCCCUCCCCGGCACAGCCGCGCCGACGGCGCCUCCGCCGCGCCCUCCCCACCGCAUGCCACCCAGCCGCCUGCUGCUGCUGCUGCCGCUGCGGCGGCGGCCCACCAGCACCUGCGCCGGUGUUUGGACGCGGGCCUGGGCAGCCAGCUGGUGCUGGGCCUGCUGUUGGCGGCCUCUGGCACCAUGCCGGCGUAUAUGAUGGCGCCUGUGGCAGAAGUCUUGCACCGCACAUGGCAGGCGGUGGGCACCGACAGGUUUGACGCCUGGCUGCGCGAGGCGGCGCUGCAGCUGGCAGGCGGGGGCGAGGCGCCCUGGCGGCGGUGGAAGGCCGAGGCGCAGGCGGCGGCGCUGCGUGAGCUGCUGGCUGAGCCCUGCCUGCACGACGCCCGCCGCUUCAAGCGCCUGCUCAAGGUGUUUUGUGGCGGCAAGAAGAAGGGCCGGGUCGGGGACCCGCCUGCCAGGGGCGGCGGAUGA